AUGCCUUUUGGACAAGUUGUGAUAGGUCCUCCAGGAUCAGGAAAAACUACUUACUGCAAUGGCAUUCAACAAUUCUUAAACACGACUGGAAGAAAGGUAUCAGUCAUAAAUCUCGAUCCGGCAAACGAUUUUCUUCCAUACAACUGCGCAAUCAACCUUGCUGAGUUGAUUACGCUGGAAGAAGUAAUGAAGGAAUUCGAGCUCGGUCCAAACGGGGCUAUGGUGUAUUGCAUGGAAUUUUUGGAAAAGAAUUUUGAUUGGUUUGAGGAGAAAUUGAAGAGUUUAGGAGAUGACUAUUUAUUGUUUGAUUUCCCCGGUCAAGUGGAACUAUUCACUCAUUAUGAUUCAGUGAAAAAUAUAAUUGAACGAUUGGCAAAAAAAAAUUUUCGGCUUGUUACCGUUCAUCUUGUGGAUGCUCAUCAUUGUACUGAUCCAGCGAAAUAUAUAUCAGUGUUACUUUUGUCACUAAAAACUAUGUUGCAAAUAGAAUUACCGCACAUAAACGUACUCUCGAAAAUAGAUCUAAUGGAAUCUUACGGAAAACUGGCUUUCAAUCUGGAAUUUUACACUGAAGUACAAGAUUUAUCCUAUCUUUUAUAUCAUCUGGAUGAAGAUCCAUUCGCAAAACGAUACAGUGAUUUAAACAAAGCUUUAUGCGGCCUCAUUGAAGAUUUUGGUCUUGUCGGCUUCCAAACACUCUGUAUACAGGACAAAAAAUCCGUAUUGAAUCUAAUUCAAGCUAUCGAUAAAGCGAACGGAUACGUAUUCGGCGGUUUAACACAAGGAAAUGAAAGUAUCAUGCAAGCGGCAAUGCGAGCCGACCUUUCUUACAAUGUAUCUGAUGUACAGGAGAGAUGGCUGGAUCAUAGGGAUAUUUGGGAUGCAUGGGAGACGACACACCAGCAAGAAACUUCAGAUGUUCCGAAGACUCCUUUAUAA